AUGAUAGUCAUUGACAAAUUCCUCCCUUCGUUUCUUCUUGACGCGGAAUGGCCGUCGGGAGAACGUACGGAGCUAGGGAAUACCGUGAAGGUGGAUGAUGUUCAAGACGAACCCACCAUCACAAUACGCCAGAGCCACUCCUCAUCGUCGUCGGCUGAGCAGCGCUCCAGCGUGACCUACACAAUCAUCAUUACUGAUCCAGACGCUCCAUCUCGCGAUAACCCGGAGUGGUCUGAAUUCUGUCACUUCAUCGCCACGGGGGUGGAUAUCUCAUCAUCGAAGCCUGCUGCUCUCCGUUUAUCUAGCUUAAAAGAUGUUAUACCGUACAAGCCUCCUGGCCCGCCACCCAAGACUGGAAAGCACAGAUACGUGUUUCUAUUAUUCGCUCCCGCGAACGGCACUACAGACCCGCUUCAUCUAACCAAACCGGAUGACAGAAAGCACUGGGGCACAGGGAAAGCGAGACACGGCGUGAGGGAUUGGGCAGGAAAGAACGGUCUCAAACCUGUUGGUGAGUAUCUUAGCAGUCCGAUCCUAAAUCAUCCUAUGGAGACCAGAGAUGCUGAUGAGCGCGUAGCGGCGAAUUUUAUCUAUGCUCAGAAUGAGGAGCAAUGA